AUGAAGUUUGGUUUUUCGUCAUCAAUUAAGGGAAGAGAAGGAGGAAGAGAAAUAGCGGAAGGAAUUGGAGAAGGAACAAAAAAAGAUGUGGGAAUAGGAGAAGGAAAAGGUGAAGGAGGAGUAGAGGAAAUUGAAGAAGUGGGAAAAGAAGAA